AUGACCUUCUCCAAGCAAACCGCUAUCCAUAGCCUGCCAGACGAUGUUUUUUGGGUAUUUUACUUCUUCCGCCGUGAAAAGAUCUGCCAAGUCUUUGCAUACCACCAUGCGAUUAUCUCUGACCUUUUUCAAUACCUCGAAUAUCGUCAACCUGCUCCUAGCCAAUACAACCUGAUACCAAUAGGCGAGCAGACAAAUAUUAGUCGGCCGCAAUUCCCCACGGAUGAUGUGUUCUUUCUCCUCCUCCGCGCCAAAAAUCACGACUGUUGCAUCCUCGACAUUACCGGAUUUGCGUACAUACCUGCCCACCAGAACAACUUAUACAGCCUGUUUGGAAUGGAAACAUACCCAGUCCGAGGAGCAUAUCAAGAACAUGGGCACGUUGGAAGAACUUCGACUCGCCAGGCAUCAUUUUAUCUUUUACAAAUGGAAUCUACAAAGAAGUUGGGCACGUUACGCUUCAAAGACUUCUGGAUUGCCCCGCCGCCAUCCCCGGGAAUGUCUCCGUGGUCGAUAGCAUUCCCAUUCGCGAAUAUCGAGACCCUGACAGCAGAUGAAACCGGCCCACAUGAUCGUAUCCCAGAACAAACCUUAUCUCAACCAGUUUCCCGAUUUACGAGAGCUCACUAUCCUCGUGGGCACCUUCACCUCAACGAACCUCACAGGAGGCCCGGUCCUUCCACUCUCCCAUACACGUAUUACAUCACACGCGUUACAGUUGCAGUCUCAGAGCGGACACCGCCUCGACUGCUACCUCACCCAUCUAUCAGUCCCGUGUCUUCGUACCCUGAAACUCGUCCAUUUCAGUAUGGACAUAUCGAACGAUUUAUCGUUCCACACACACAGAGAAUAUCCCAUCUCAUUAUGGAGAGUAUUCAUCCGUUAGCCGCCGAUAUGAAGAUGCGGAGAUUAUCAUCUUCUGCAACACAUCUUUCGAUAUAUGGCGGCGUACCCAGAGUAAAAUCGAAGUCUGAGCUCCUCGCACUGCAAUUUAUUUGGGAUCAUGCCACUGACGUGGAAACACUUUUGGGUGCCGUGGAGAGACGGAGUAGACUAGAUAUCCUACCCAGCCCGAAGGAAGUGUAUCUAUUCAACAUUCCAUUUGUGCAGAUAUUAUCAUGCAGCCGGACGAUGUAG